AUGAACUCAGCCCGCAACCUCUACCGACACGACCUCGACUUCCGCGCCCUUGCCCUCGAGGACGCCGAUUUUGCCAGAUGUCUGAAGCCCAACGGCCAAUUGGAUUUCAAUAACCCGGAUGUCGUACGCUUCAACUAUAUUCUCUGGCUCCAAGACUUAGUCGAUUCGACAGCGAACCGCUACACGGACUCCUAUGAUCCCGAACGGGCAGUUGCUGGUUUGGAUAUAGGCACUGGCGCCAGCUGCAUCUACCCGCUGCUGGGCUGUGCACAACGCCCGGCCUGGACAUUCCUAGCUACCGGUACCCCCCCACCCCCCCCUGCUUUUCUCUGCUUGGUUGAAUCCAAUCGGCAACUUAUACUCCAAUCAGACAUUGACGAGAGCAAUAUCCACCAUGCACGUCGGAAUAUCGACCGUAACGGCCUUCAGGCCCGCAUACGUCUAACCAGGACCCGACCUGAGGACCCUUUAAUUCAAUUGGAUGCCAUCCCUCCUUCCAAAAUGCUGGACUUUACUAUGUGCAACCCCCCGUUCUAUGAAUCACGCGAGGAGCUCCUGGCUUCAGCAAAAGCAAAGCAACGGCCUCCAAAUUCGGCGUGUACCGGAGCGGAUAUCGAAAUGGUAACGGCGGGCGGAGAGACGGCUUUCGUAUCAAGAAUGAUUGAAGAAAGCCUCAAACUCUACGACAAGGUUCAAUGGUAUACUUCGAUGCUGGGUAAGCUGAGCAGUGUCACGACGCUGGUUGAACAGCUCGUGGCGGCUGGUAAUAAGAACUGGGCCGUGACCCAAUUUGUUCAGGGAUCGAAGACCAAGAGGUGGGCCAUCGCGUGGUCCUGGAAGGACUUGAGGCCGACAAUGGAAGUGGCAAGAAACAUCCCUAGCAUCCCCAAGCACUUGCUCCCGUUUCCUGCUGAGUUUAUCCUGCAGCCGGAGUUCGAGCCAAUCUCGCUCCUCAUCCGCAAGAUUAAUGAUGAAAUGGGAUCCCUUCGGAUAUCGUGGCGCUGGGACCAGCAUGCUUGCAAAGGCCUUGGCUUCGCGAUGGAGAAUGUAUGGUCGAGACAGGCACGGAGGAAGAUGCACAACCUGGCGUCUCAGGAACAGGGCAGCGAGAGCGUUUCUGUUGACGAAACCAAGGCCGCCCUGGGGCUCGCGGUAUACGUCAGGCAAACUGGCAUUGAGAACGUAGGUAUCACUAUCAGGUGGAUCAAAGGGUUCGAUGCAGUUUUAUUCGAAAGCUUUUGCGGGAUGUUUAAAAGAAAAAUUGGCGGGUAG